AUGGCAUCCGCGACAGAGCUUCCUGGCCCUAUGGAAGUCAGCGAAAGCAGUACGUCGCAAGGUGCGCCUUCGCCCGCAAAAUGCCAAGCCCAAUUCGAACUCGGCACCACCCUCUCCCUCUUCCUCUGGCCCUCCCUCUCCCUCGCCGUCUCCAACAACUGGGGCGGAGCCGAUAGCGCCGACAAGCGCGAAUGGUUCGCGCAAACCACCAUCGACGUCCUGAACGACGAGCCAGACGCAGACACAGAAUGGCUAGAGACGUUCCUGUUGAAUGUGAUGCUGGAUGAGUUUGAGGUCAACGUGGAUGAUGAGAGUGCGUUUGAGGUUGCGGAGCAGGUGCUGAGGAUUAGGAAAAACUGUGGCAGGGGCGCGUUCGGGGAGGUGGAAGCGUUGAAUGGGAAGUGGCAGGCGAAGGGCGGGCAGAAGAUGGGGGAUAUGUUUGUUAAGAAGGAGAGGGAUGAGAGGGAGGAUGAGACGAGUGGGAGUGAGGACGAGGACGAGGAAGAAGAGGGAGGGGUGGAUGUUGAGAUGGAAGACGCGCCCCAGUUGGUGAGGGCGAAGGAGCCUGAUGUACCUCAGGUGGAUGAGGAUGGGUUUACGAAGGUCACUAAGAAGAAGAGGUGA